UUGUGGAUUACAUGUGGAACACAAGUAAUUUGCGCUAAUUUCCAAUUUUUUCUGCAGACAAUUGUAAACAUUCGAGAAAUUCCACAAAUAUAAAGCGAAACUGCAACAAUGGUGAAUGUUAUGAAAGGUGUAUUUGUUGAAUGUGAUCCGGCUAUGAAACAAUUUCUUUUGCAUCUGGACGAAACGCUCGCAUUGGGACGCAAAUUCAUCAUUCAAGAUUUGGAUGAAAAUCAUCUGUUCAUUUCUACUGAUAUAGUGGAAACGUUGCAAGCACGUGUGGAUGAUUUAAUGGACCGCAUAAGUUUUCCGCUGCAUGAAAAAGAUCCUUAAUUUACAUAUACAUAUAUGCAAUCUAUAUAUUAAAUACAAGUCUUUCACUAUAAA